CGGACUAGGGCGGGAGGGAGGGGCGGUGGACAACCCGGCCUUUGCCGUUUCCUCCGAGAGCCCUCGUGCGGCCGCGCUCGUCCUCCGCCCGCGGGUUGGGCCGGCCUUCCGCUCGCCGCUGCCCGGGAGCGGGAUCGGGUGAAGGCUGCCAGGGGCUCAGCCGUGCUCACAUGGAUGGGACAGAGACCCGACAGCGGAGGCCGGAAGAGCUAGGGCUGCCACCUGCCCUCAGCACAGGAAGACUCCCUGCAGCCUCAGAAGAUGGACCUCUGACUGUCCCUGAGAGCCAAAGGGUGACCUCUAAACUACUGGGGACUGAACUCAGCAAGGAGACUGCCCUAUCCAUUGGCUUCCAGGUGACAGUGCCCUUCAUGUUUGCAGGCCUGGGACUGUCAGGGGCUGGCAUACUUUUGAACUAUUUCCAGCACUGGCCCGUGUUUGUGGAGGUUAAAGACCUGUUGACAUUGGUGCCACCCUUAGUGGGCCUGAAGGGGAACCUGGAGAUGACACUGGCAUCACGACUCUCCACAGCUGCCAACACUGGACAAAUUGAUGACCCCCGGGAGCAACACCGAGUCAUCAACAGUAACCUCGCCCUCAUUCAGGUGCAGGCCACCGUCGUGGGGCUCCUGGCUGCUUUGGUUGCCCUGCUGCUGGGAGCUGCGUCUAGGGGGGAGUUGGACUUUGCGAAGGUGGAGUUGCUGUGUGCCAGCAGUGUCAUCACCGCCUUCCUCGCGGCCCUUGCCCUAGGGCUGCUGAUGGUCUGUAUAGUGAUUGGUGCUCGAAAGCUCGGGGUCAACCCAGACAACAUCGCCACACCCAUUGCAGCCAGCCUGGGAGACCUUAUCACGCUGUCCAUUCUGGCUUUCAUUAGCAGCUUCUUCUAUAAAUACAAAGACAGUCGGUUUCUGACUCCCGUGGUCUGCAUCGGCUUCAUGGCCCUGACCCCGGUGUGGGUCCUCAUUGCAAAGCAGAACCCACCCAUCAUGAAGAUCCUAAAGUUUGGGUGGUUCCCAAUCAUCCUGGCAAUGGUGAUCAGCAGUUUCGGAGGGCUCAUCUUGAACAAAACCAUUUCUAAAGAGCCAUACAAAGGCAUGGCCAUAUUCACGCCCAUCAUCUGUGGUGUUGGUGGCAAUCUGGUGGCCAUUCAGACCAGCCGGAUCUCCACCUACCUGCACAUGUGGAGCACACCUGGGGUCCUACCCCUCUGGAUGAAAAAAUUCUGGCCUAACCCAUGUUCCACUUUCUGCACUUCAGAAAUUAAUUCCAUGUCAGCCCGAGUUCUGCUCUUUCUGGUGAUUCCAGGCCAUCUGAUUUUCUUCUAUGUUAUCUACCUGGUGGAAGGCCCUUCGGUUCCAAACAGCAAGAUCUUUGUGGCGUUCUAUCUGCUAGCAGGCCUGAUCCAGGUGACAAUCCUGCUGUACCUGGCAGAAGUGAUGACUCGGCUGACGUGGCACCAGUCCCUGGAUCCUGACAGCCACUGUAUCCCCUACCUCACAGGGGUAGGCGACCUCCUAGGGACUGGCCUCCUAGCCCUGUGCUUUCUUAUCAGCUGGUUAUUGAGGAGCGAAGCAGAGCUGGAUGGCAUUUCAGAACUAGCAUCGGGACCUUCCUAAUGAGACCAGCAGCUCCAGUUAGUCAAUAGAAUGCUCCCUUCCACCAAUGGGGUACAGAAUGCAGCUCCUCCCUGGCUGGGUCCUUAGGUCUCCCCGCCUCGACAGUGGCCCUUUGUCCAUCUGCUAAGGAGACUCACAUACAUCUUGACCCCCGUGUUGGACCCUGAGGCCAUGAUGGAGCCUAAAAUCAGAAGUACUGUCUGUGCGUAUGUGUGUGUGAAUGUGUCUGCAGGUGUCCGCGUGCUAGAUGAGUGUGUGAAUGAGUGCACGUAUGUGUGGAGAGCAGGGAGCACAGGCCCGAAGAUUCUGAAGGAAGAGGCAUGCCAGUGCACUGUGGGGAUGUUUGGCCCUGUUUCAGUCGAGUGCAGCCUGGAUUGGGGUAGAGCAGGAAGAAGAUCCAUUGGGUGCCCAAGUCUCGGGACUCCCCGAGUCCUGGCUUAACUGCUGUCUUCACUGGGUCCAGCUCCACAGGCCACUCUGCUGAUGUGCCCUGCAAAUGUGUGCAGCCCUUCCUAGGACAGGGCCCCCAUCCGCUCCCAGCAUUUACUUUUGCCACUGCUUUCUUUCCUUUUUCUUUUUUUUCCUCUCUUUCCCUUCCUUCCUUCUUUCCUUCCUUCCUUCCUUUUUUUCUUGCUUUUUUUUUUUUUAAACAAACACCUCUGUUUAAAUUUUAAUAAUCAGAAAAGUGUAAAAUAAAGCAUAGAAUAUAUUGCAUUUGGCA